UGCUCCACAUGAUAGCAUAAAGGAAGAUCUCAGCGCUAGGGAAAAAUCCGUUAUCCCUUGUUCGUAAAGCUUGCACGUUAUAGAAGAUUGAUGACUGCUAUAAACCUGCACUGUGGUCGACAGUAACAAGACAACAUGUUAGCUAUUUUCUGUGUACUUUUCCUGACAAUACCAGAACUUACUUCUGCUCCGGCGUCACGCUCAGUUCUCGAUGAGGUUGCAUUCAAAACGCUCGCCUUUGAGUUCGAGAUGCUGCUGAAGAACCACUUGCGAGACUGGCGUUUCCUGACGGAGACGCCGAAGGAGAUGGACAUGGGCGAAUUCUUUUCAAAAAGAGACUUCAUGUACCAUUAUAACGCUACGUUUCCCAAAGAUUUAAAAAAGGACACAGUUAACCCCGAGCAGAAAAAGAGAGAAUUCAGCAUCAGUUCAACAAGAAGUCCAUUUGAGAAUAAGAAAGUCAAGCCAGCCAAAACAAGCGACCACGUAGUUUUUAGCAAAACGGAUAACAAGACAGCCAGCGCACCGUCAGAUCUAAACGCUGUAAACACAAUGUACACAAUGAUACGUAAAACUGACAAUAACACCACCGAUAUCUCCGAGAAGAACUUGAGGACCACAAGGGAGGCUGGAAUACCUGUCAUUUACAUGCCUGGCAAGAAAAAGAAGAGAAAAUGUUCUCAAGUUAGCGGCCUCUUGGCGGGGUUCAACACCUUUAAUUAUCUCACCUUCGUCACAGGUGUCAUAACUCUCGUCCUCAACGCAAAUAACAACAUAAACAACAACAAUAAUAAUAACAACCUGAACAAUAACAACGAUAUUUCGAAUAACAAUGUCAACGCCAAUACCAACACUCAGAAUGGUAAUCAGGUCGUUAUCUUCCCGCCUGGCAGGAAGCGUCGCUCUGUCGCGGACUGGCUCCUGCAGGCGUUGAACCGCCCUCAGGUCCAGGAGGCGAAGACGUCUACCUCCGCGCCAUCCGCUGCGUCCGGUAGCAGCUGGGGCGGCGCGGCGGAGGCGGCGACGGUGGCGCUGCAGCUGUUCGAUUCUUGGGUCCAGGCCAGCUCGGGCGUCAGUGGCGAGUGUGGCUGGGUGGAGUAUUGCCUCCUUCUGCACGACCUCAGCCGCAGGAAGGGCGUAUCGGCUGCGCUUUUCGACCCGGUCAGAUCCUUCUCAACGCUCGUGUCGCCGGCGUGGGUUGGCAGUUCCUCGACCUGCUCCCUCCAGCGCGUGAAAUGUCGUCUCAGGCGAACGCUGGUCUGAUCUUUUGCUCCC